AUGUGAGCGCGUGAACUGUUACGUGACCCUGAAUAAUAUAACCAUAUAUAAACCAUGCCUUCCAUACCCAUUAAGUUUCAAUUAAUAUUAGUCAUUUAUGCGCAUAUCUGUACAGUGAUUAAUUGGUUGGCUUACAUUCAUUGUUAUUUUCCCGCCUUGCACACAGAAAAAUCCAACAACUCUGGGGAAUGCCGUCGGAAACACCAGCAACCCUGCCAAUGCCACCGGCAGUACUGGAAACAACACUGCACAGAGUACCCAUCGGCGAGUUGUUCGUGUGCAGGAUCAAUACAUGCCGACAGCCAACGUGGUACGCAUAAUGCGUCGCGUGCUCCCUCCGCGUGCAAAAAUAACAGAAGCCGCCAAGGAGACCGUGCAGGAAUGUGUGUCUGAGUACAUCGCCUUCAUAACUGCUGAAGCCAACCAGCGUAGCCAGCGCGAGCAGCGCAAGACCGUCUCUGCCGAGGACAUCAUCUGGGCCAUGAGCAAGCUUGGCUUCGAGAACUACAUCGACCCCCUCAACGUUUUCCUCCAUCGCUACCGGGAGUCUGAGAAUUCAGACCGCUCUCAGUUUACGAAGAGGGAGCAUCCGCUAAUGGACUAUGGCCCUGCUGUGCCUUCUGGACCUGCUGGACACCAGUUUGCGAUGAUGCCUACCCCACUGCUACCGCCUUUUGUGCCGGAGUUUCCUCUAGGUUUCGAGCAGCAUGGCCCUCCGAUGCUUGACCCUUCGAUGAUUGAGAUGUUUUUGGCUGGUGGUUCCUCCACUGGUGCUGGUGAAGGCGGGUCAUCGUCGUCUUUUGGGGCUCAGGACCAGAACUGGCUGAGGGGGUUUGAUACGUCGGCUCAGUCCAAGUGA